CUUCCCAUUUUCCAGGCAAUAAUUGAUGGAUCCAGACACCAAGAAAUUCGGAAGAGGGCCAAGAGAACUUACCGGGGCAGUGGAUCUUAUAAGUCACUACAAGUUAUUGGCUCAUCAUGAGUUCUUCUGCAAGAGGUCACUUCCUUUAUCGAUUUCAGACACACACUACCUUCACACAGUGGUUGGAGACACAGAGAUAAGGAAAGGGGAAGGAAUGCAAUUGCAUCAGCUAAUGGGAGAAGCACCUUACUCUAAAGAUGCAAAUGCCCGCAUACAACCAUUUGACAUUGACGUUCUCAAAGAAGCUUUUCAACUGAGGGAAACUGCUCCAAUUGAACUGCCUCCUGGAGAGAAAGGAGCUCCCACAAUCCCUGGGAAAUCUGCUAGCGAGUCCAAGGAUAAGGAAAAGAAGCACAAAAGACAUAAGGACAAGGAUAAAAGUAAAGACAGAGAACAUAAGAAGCAUAAGCAUCGCCAUAAGGAUCGAAGUAAAGACAAAGACAAAGAUAAAGAGAAAAAGAAAGAUAGAAGUGGUCAUCAUGAUAUGGUUGGGGAACAUUCCAAGAAACACCAUGAUAAGAAAAGGAAGCAUGACGGAGAUCAAGAUCUCGCUGAUAAUCACAAGAGAAGCAAGCAUAAGAGUACAAAGAUGGACGAGGUGGGAAUCAUAAAAGUAGCAAGCUGAAAUAUGGCAUUCUGUUCUAUGUGGUUAGUAUUGAAAUUUGGAUGGCUUGUUUUAGUUUGGCCGAAAUACUUUCAAGGAAACAUUACGAACAUAUCAGACUCAUGAAGGGGUUUUACCUUGAUGGUUCAAAUUUUGCUUAUAUGCUCACGAAUAGCCGAUUGGACUUAACUUUUUUUAUCAUACAAAAGACAAUGCAGAAUUUGGGUCGUUUGUGAAGAGUGCCAUCUUAUCGUUUACGUGUUUUGUUACUAGUUUUUACUUCUAGAAUUUAAACUUAUCUUAUUAACUCAAGACCCCUUUUUUUUUGGUUGGAGCCCAGGGCUAGUGCAAGGAGUAGGUCAAAGAUUGGUGCUAUAAAAUUUUACAAUGACCACUAUUGAUUUUUUUUUUUAUAAGUUUUUGAAUUGUUUGUAUAAUAUUUUCUAUGUGUUAAGGGCGGGUUGUAUAAUAAUAAUAUCAUAAGCAUGAAAUGGAAGAACUUCAUUAAUCUAAUAUUAACAUAUUUUAAUUA